AGACCAACGCCUUAGCAUCUUUGACAAUUGCUAUUCAUUUGCCACUGCAAGCAGGAAUUCCAGCUCCAAGUUGCUCAUUACGGUGAAAUACAAAUUCUGUUGCAUUUUAUAAAUCGGAUCUUUCCGUGUAAAGAUGCAGUUGCACGUAAGAGGAUUAAACACGCACGUUUUGGACGUCCAGCAGGAUGACAACAUUGGCCAUGUGAAGGCCUUGCUGGCCGAGCUGGAGUCCGUCGAUGCACAGGAGCUUCAUCUGUUCUGCGAAGGUAAACCGCUUGCCGAAGAUGCCACUGUGGCUCAGCUGACCUCAGUCGAGCUCGAUGUCACGGUCAGUCUGCUCGGUGGUAAGGUACACGGUUCACUCGCUCGUGCCGGCAAAGUAAAGGGCCAGACACCCAAGGUGGAAAAAAAGGAAAAGAGGAAGAAGAAGACUGGCCGUGCAAAGCGCCGCAUCCAGUACAACAGACGCUUCUCCAGCGUAGUCCAGGCGUACGGACGUCGCCGAGGUCCGAAUGCCAACUCGGCCUAAACACCGGGACAAACUGCGGCUCAAAUCAGAUCGUAGCCUAUAGGGGGGGGGGGGGAGGGCUGCUACAGUAGAGACAUUCUAUGUUUUGUCCAAAGCUGGUAAUGUCGAUAAAUAUUUUUCAAUGUAUCAUCAAGACAGAAUAAAAUAAGUCUCUACCAAAAAAAAAAAAACCGCGCCAGCAACCCCGAUCAAUUCCAAGAUUUGAACCUAUUCUGUAAAACACGACGGUGAUUUGAUGUAAAUAAACUACGCAAUUGUCAUUCUGCA